GGGUAGAGACACCCGGAAACGGAUUCCGUUUCGGUGGCGGCGCGAGCCGCGAGCCUCGGAGGGGACGGACGGGCGGCUGCUGAGUAAUCCCCGCGGCGGCGGGAGGCGGCGGCCUGGGCGCCCACAUCCCCCGUCGCGUUGCAGCUGGACCCGGGCUCCUCCCUCCGCGCCCCGCCCGCCGCUCCCCUCCCCUCCCCCGCGCCCGCUCCGGCGCGCUCCGGGCAGGUAGAGCCGGGCUCCGGGCGCGCGUGGGGGCCGCAGCAGCUGCUACCCCACCUCGCCUCGGCCCUGCGCAGAGCCUCGCGCGCCCAUGGCUGGCUCGGAGCAGCAGCGGCCGCGGCGGCGGGACGACGGAGACUCGGCGGCGGCGCCCCUGCAGGACGCGGAGCUGGCCCUCGCCGGCAUCAACAUGCUGCUCAACAACGGCUUUAGGGAGUCGGACCAGCUUUUCAAACAAUACAGAAAUCGUAGCCCAUUAAUGAGUUUUGGAGCCAGCUUUGUCAGUUUUUUGAAUGCCAUGAUGACAUUUGAGGAAGAAAAAAUGCAGUUGGCAUGUGAUGAUUUAAAAACCACAGAAAAGCUGUGUGAAAGUGAAGAGGUUGGAGUAAUUGAAACAAUCAAGAAUAAAAUUAAGAAGAAUGUUGAUGUCCGAAAAUCCACCCCCUCUAUGGUUGAUCGGCUUCAGAGGCAGAUAAUCAUAGCUGACUGUCAAGUUUACUUGGCUGUGCUCUCGUUUGUAAAGCAAGAAUUGUCAGCAUAUAUAAAAGGUGGGUGGAUCCUCAGGAAAGCCUGGAAGAUUUACAAUAAAUGCUAUUUGGACAUCAAUGCCCUCCAGGAGCUGUAUCAGAAGAAGCUAACGGAAGAGCCCUUGACUUCUGACGCUGCAAAUGAUAAUCACAUUGUGGCUGAAGGGGUGUCUGAGGAGUCUCUAAACAGACUGAAAGGUGCUGUGAGCUUUGGAUAUGGCCUUUUUCACCUUUGCAUAUCCAUGGUGCCCCCAAACCUGCUCAAAAUCAUCAACCUGCUGGGUUUUCCUGGAGACCGCCUACAGGGGCUUUCUUCACUGAUGUAUGCAAGCGAAAGUAAGGACAUGAAGGCCCCUUUAGCUACAUUAGCGCUGCUCUGGUAUCAUACUGUAGUCCGCCCGUUUUUUGCCCUGGAUGGCAGUGAUAACAAAGCAGGCCUGGAUGAAGCGAAGGAAAUUCUUCACAAAAAAGAAGCUGCUUAUCCAAAUUCUUCCCUCUUUAUGUUUUUCAAGGGACGCAUACAACGAUUAGAGUGUCAAAUCAACAGUGCCUUGACUUCCUUCCAUACUGCCCUGGAACUUGCAGUAGACCAGAGAGAAAUCCAACAUGUGUGUCUGUAUGAAAUUGGUUGGUGCAGCAUGAUAGAGCUGAAUUUCAAGAAUGCAUUUGACUCCUUUGAGAGGCUAAAAAAUGAGUCCCGGUGGUCCCAGUGCUACUACGCCUAUUUAACGGCAGGUGCAGGGGUAUCCUUCUACUACCGUGAGGCUUUCACAAUCCUCCUGGCUCCUAAGUGUUCUUGCCUAGAUUGCUUUUUCUUCCACUUUCCGAUUUGUCAGGGAGCCACUGGUGAUGUGGACGGGGCACAGAUUGUCUUUAAAGAAGUUCAGAAACUCUUCAAAAGGAAAAACAAUCAGAUUGAACAGUUCUCAGUGAAAAAGGCAGAGAGAUUUCGGAAACAAACCCCAACCAAAGCACUGUGCGUGCUGGCGUCCAUUGAAGUGUUGUACUUGUGGAAAGCCCUCCCCAACUGCUCCCUCCCCAACCUACAGAGGAUGAGUCAAGCUUGCCAUGAAGUGGAUGAUUCAUCUGUCGUUGGAUUAAAGUAUUUGUUUCUUGGUGCCAUACACAAAUGUCUAGGGAACUCAGAAGAUGCUGUCCAGUUCUUUCAGCGAGCUGUUAAAGAUGAGUUGUGUCGUCAGAAUAACUUAUAUGUUCAGCCAUAUGCUUGCUAUGAACUUGGCUGUCUUCUGUUAGACAAACCAGAGACUGUGGGAAGAGGCAGAAGUCUCCUUCUUCAGGCAAAGGAGGAUUUCUCUGGCUACGACUUUGAGAACAGAUUGCACGUCCGCAUCCACGCUGCUCUGGCUUCGAUGAGGGAGUUGGUUCCUCAGUGACAGACCCGAAGUUCCCGCUCCGUCCCUCCCCACACAGGUUCUGCACUUUAAAAGUAGAGGACACAGCUCUUAUGAAGAUCAGCUUUUCUUCUGAAAACCAUCUGGGCCUGGGACACAUUUUCUCAGUUAGGUUGAUGUAUUAAAGAUCUCCUCUUUUAAACACAUAGCUAAAAAGUAAUAAUGACGAUGAUAAUAGUAAUAAUAACUAAGCACCUGGGGAGAGGGUUAAGUGACCUUGUUCAAACAUUUUAGUUUUGUGAUUUAUUAUUUUUUAAAUAAAAUUCAACUAAAUAUUCAACCUGCAAUCUUGUAGGAAUGCCUACUUGAAGCACACAUCUGACUGGGUAACACUAAGAGGUACCUGUAAAAUUAUUAACAGUAUCACGACAUAGCACUUAUAUUGUGUUUUGAAAAAAAAAAGUGCUAGUUGUUUUACUUUAUCCUCAAACUAUUUCUGAGAAUGACAUAGCACAGAUGUCUCCAUUGUCCAGACAAUGAAACUCAGGCACAAAAAAGGCUAAUUGACUUAUCGCAAUUAAUUAUUCCUGUUAUUAUGGAGUAAUGAAUAGAAUGCAAGUCUCCUAACCACAGACCGAAUAUUCUUUCAUUGUAAAAAUAUAUAUAUAUGUUAAUAACCAGGAUCCCAUGUUUUCUUAUUAAAAAACAAAUACUCUUCA